ACACUAUUCAUCUCUUACCUGAACUGAACGACUGAUCACCCAGAGACAACAUGAAGCUGGAGCUGCUGGUGGUGUUGGCUGUAGCAGCCCUGGUUCCCAGCCUGUCUGAGGGGUGGCUGCUCUCCAAAUGUGAGCUGAAGACCAAACUGGCAGAGGCUGCCGACCAAUUCAAUCUGACUGAGAAAAUUGCAGCAAAGGGUGCCGAACUGGACGAAGUCUUGGCCAAAAUUAUUUGCAGUUUGGACCUAAAGUCUGGCUUAAACACCAGCCUUGUGACCAACCUUGUCCUGCGCAAACCUAUCCUGCAUAAACCCAAAAGGCGCCCCAUCAGCAUGAGACCCGUGAGACUGUUCGGGCGCAAACGUCCAGGUAGAGAUGUUGAGUCAAAGGAAGAUGGAGUUAGUUCUGAGGGAGAAGAGGGCAACCCUAGACCUAUAGGGAAGAUUGGGGGAAUGAGCCGAAGACCUACAGGAAAGCCCGGGGGACUGAAACCAAAACCUACCGGGAAGACAGAGGGAGUGAGCCCAAGAUCAGAGAGGCCUGAGGGGAAGAGACCGAGACCAGGGAGGCCUGUGAGAGGAAGGGACAAGCGUGAGGCAGAGGAGUCCGCUGGUGAUGAGGAAAAAUAUGACAAAGUUGAGGCGCACGAGAGCAAAGCGGCUGAGCAUGAAGAGUUUGGCGGCUAUGAGGAAGAGGGUGAUGAAGACGAGGUUGACGAGGAUGAGCUGGACGAGGAGGACCUGGAAGAGUUAGAGGCGGAGCUGGACGACCAAGAAAGAGAGCAACCGAAAGAGGGAGAGGGGAGCAGGCGGAAGAGACACGUCCCAAAGCAGUUCAGAAGUCCCGGACACAGCCGCAAGCCACCGCCACGUAAGCCGAUGCGCAAGCCGUUCAGGCCAUUCAAGACCCGGUCCUUCAGCUUUUUCGGUCUUUUCCAGCUGAGCAAUCGCCUCGCCUGCGUCUCCUCCAACAACACUCGCUCGCUCAAUCUCUGUAAGACAGAGUGCAGCUCCUUUGUUGAUGAUGACAUCAGUGAUGACAUCGCCUGCUUUGUGAAUUCUCGUGCCUGGAUGAAGGCUCUGAGGUUCCCAUGGAAAUGUGCCAGGCUGCAAGCCUCUGAGUACUUUGAGUGUGACCAACCACUUAAUAGUACUAUGAGUACUUUGCAAACAACAACUUAA